AUGAGCUCGUUAAAUUACAUAGAAGACAGCAUUAAUUGCAAUAUAAGAAUAGAUGGUAGAACAUUAUUAACAUACAGAUCCAUAGAAAUAAAUAAAAAUAUUCUUGUGUCAGCUGAUGGGAGUAGCAGUGUAAUAAAUGAAGAGAAUAAUGUAAUUUGUGGAAUUAAACUUUCUUUAAUUACUCCUGAUUCUGAUACAUAUGAUGAAGGUAAUAUAAAUUUACAAAUUGAUUGUCCAGCGUCUGUUGCUGCUAAUAGAAUAAAAAAAGAUCAUUUACAAACAAUGACUUGUAUUAUUUAUAAUUUAUGUAUAAAAAAUAAUAUAGAUAAAAAAAAAUUAUGUAUCCUGCCAAAUAAAUUUGCUUGGAGUGUUGAUAUAAAUGUUAUGGUUCUAAAUGCUGGAGGUGGAUUAUUAGAUAUUAUUAGUAUAGCCAUAUAUGUAGCUUUAAAAGAUACAUUUUUUCCAAUUGUCAAACCAAAAAAAGAAAUAGAAGAAGAAAAUACAUUCCAUGAAAUUUCAAAUAAAGAUUAUCAAUUAGAAAUUGUUGAAAAUGAACAUAUUAAUUUUCCUUAUGAACAUAUACCUAUAUGUAUAUCAAUUGGAGAAAUCAAUAAUAAAUAUAUUUAUGAUAUGUCUAAAGUAGAAGAAGAACUAGUAGAA